GUGCGCACGCAACCCAAACCCCUUCAGUUCACCUCGAGGAUAGGAUUUUGCUCGUCCCGCAAACCUCUCCGGCCAUGGCCUCCUUCCCGCUGGCAUCCGCCGGCCGCUCCCUCCCCCCGCAAGGCUUCCACCACCCGGCAGCCGCGACCACCCGCACCGUCUCCAUCCCAUCCCCCCCUGCUUCUUCAAAGGGCGCCGCCCCCCGCAGCCUCAGCGCCAGGAGCCACCGCGACCGCAGGCCAACCGUUCGACGGAACGCCGCGGAGGCCUACGUCCCGGGCUCCGGCAAGUACAUCGCGCCGGACUACCUCGUGAGGAAGGUGUCGGCCAGGGAGCUGGAGGAGCUCGUCAGGGGGCAGCGGAGGGUGCCGCUCGUCGUGGACUUCUACGCCACCUGGUGCGGGCCGUGCGUGCUCAUGGCGCAGGACGUCGAGACGCUCGCGGUCGAGUACGAGGACACCGCGCUGUUCGUCAAGGUGGACACGGACGAGGAGUACGAGUUCGCGAGGGAUAUGCAGGUCAGGGGGCUGCCCACGCUCUAUUUCUUCAGCCCGGACCAGGGCAAGGACGCCAUUAGGACCGAGGGGCUAAUUCCGAUCGAAAUGGUCAGGAACAUCAUCGAUAACGAGCUGUGAGUUCAGUUUAAUGUCUCUAGUAGCUACGCUUUCUAGCCGAGUCUUGUACUAGUUCUUAGCGUUUAUUUAGGCGCAGUCCGCGUGGUUGAUUGGAGCUUUGUGUUGCUCCGUCCUAGGUUCCCGUGUGCAAGAUCUGCAUGAGCAGAAUGUAGCAUCAUUGUUCGAACCUGAGACUAACGAAUUGGUUCUCUAUUGCACCAUUCUUGUGUGCAUUGGCAUUGAAA